UCGGCCCUGAGACAUCCAGCUCCUCUCAGCUAUAAGAAGCCCUCCAAUUAUCCCUCCAAACUCUUUGCUUACGGCCAUACCACCCUGAGACACUAGGGGCGCGGAUUGGAAGUACGGAGAAAGAGCUGCGGAAUUGUUUGUGAUGUUUUCGAAGCAGAAGUGAGAUUUGGACAAUAUUUAUUGGGUUUACCUGGACGAAACCCCCACCCCCAGCAGCACUGCUGUCUGGGGUGAGAGUCACGAAACAGAGAGAUGGCUGGGAAGCCGGAAAUAUCGAGUGGAAAGAACGUGCAUUCAGGAAUGCAGGCGGGGAGAAGCUGGAAUGAGGAAAUGGAGGCGGAGGAUAAGAAAACAGCGGAGGAGGAAAGAGACGAAAAAGGAGAGAAAAGCAAAAAGAAACGGACAGUUUCAAGGGGAAUAAUGAGAAGAAGAAUUAUAUGGUGGUGAAAGACGGAGAAAUUGUGGAAAAGGGGAGUUUUAGCCCCGCCAACUCCGCUACCACAGCUGUUGAGGAGGAAGCUAUGAGCGCUGCGGCGGGAGCUGGGAAGGAGAAAGUGGCAGCGGAGGAGAAGAAGAGGAAGGAAGUCUUCUCGCUGGGAAACGUUUAUGCAAAAAGAGCGGAGAAGGAAGCGGAGGAGGCCAAGAGGAAGGCAGGAGAAGGUGUGUCGGGAGAGAGGCCGUCGACGGGCGAAAAGAACCCGAAAAUGGCGGGCGGAGAGGAAAAAACGGAGAAUAACUCAAGAAAAGAAAGGGAAAAAAGGUAAGCGGACGGGGGAUUCCCCAGCGGAGACAACGAGGAGAAGGAGAAGAAUGAAAGAGAGGAGAAAACGGGUGAAGAAGGAAAGGAGAAAGAUGCAGCAGAUGUGGAUUAUCUGGCGGAGCUCACCGUAAAAGUUUCCGUGGAAGAUAUAGAGAGCCUGAAUAAGUCUGUGAACUACUGUAUGUGGAGACAUGAAGAGCAACAGCAGCCUGAACCCUCCCUACUUUCAGUUGACUCUGUUUGCAGACUUUGGGCCCCUCAGAUACCUGUUCUUCAUCUUGUGUCUGUUCAUCUAUGUGACUAUAGUCUCUGCUAACAUGGUCAUUAUUCUGGCAGUGUUCCUGGAGAAGUCUCUGCAUCAGCCCAUGUAUAUUUUCAUCAGCUGUCUGUGUGUAAACUCUCUGUAUGGCUCAGCUGGAUUCUUCCCCAGGUUCCUGCAGGACAUCGUCUCUGACUCUCAUUUGGUCUCACGUCCACUAUGCUUUAUUCAGGUGUAUGUUAUUUACACCUAUGCUUGCUGUGAGCUGACCAUCCUCACCGUCAUGGCCUACGAUAGGUUCAUUGCUAUCUGUCAGCCCUUACACUACCACAGUAAAAUGACCUUCAAAUGGGUGCAGGUUCUUGUGCUCGUUGCUAUUUUAUACCCAGUGUUUGCGAUGGGCUUCAUUCUCUAUCUUACUGUUAAAUUACCGCUGUGUGGAAACAAACUGAACCGGAUGUUCUGCUCUAACUGGCCUGUGGUGCAGCUCUCCUGUGUGGACACCACUCUGAACAACAUAGCUGGUCAGUUUCUCGUGGUGACGACCAUCUUCAUCCCCAUAUUCUUUGUCCUGUACACAUAUCUACGGAUUCUGCUGGUCUGCAGCAGGAGAUCGUCUGAAUUCAGAGGAAAGGCGUUACAAACCUGCCUGCCUCACAUCGUGUCCUUUAUGACCUACUCCAUCUCUCUCUUCCUCGAGGUGUCUUUGAGUCGAUUAGAGGCUGGUCAACUGAAUCCAAGCAUCACAGUUAUUUUGUCUUUAGCGUAUCUGAUCAUUCCCCCCCUCAAUAACCCCAUCGUGUAUGGCCUGGGUCUGCCUCAAAUCAAAGGAGUCGUGUUGAGAUUUCUGAAGAAGGGUCCUGCUGCUGAAAUAUAAAAGGGAUAUG